AAAACAAAGUCAACAAAUGUGGGAAAUUCCAGGUCUACUGAGUGGGACCAAAGUGGAUGGGGAAAGGCAUGUGGGGAAGUAUAUAAACCAGCAGCACCACACAGCAGCAAUGAAACAGAUCUCCCUCGCUUCAGCUGCAAACCGGGUGUCUGUUUAAAGCCUUUCUACACAAAAUGAGGAACCUGAUUGUAUGUGCGCUCGCCCUAGCACUGAUGGCACAAGCCGUUGUGUCUCUGGAGUGCUAUCACUGCCCUAAUGGAGGAAGAUGCUUUACCACUCAGAAAUGCAGGGAUGACCAGGAUCAAUGUAUUACCAUGUUCUUCCCUCUCAAUGCUAAAUACGCUAAGCGAUGCUCCAGGACGUAUGAAUGUGAAGUCAUGAAGGCCAUGGGGGGGUCUGCAGUGAAGGCCAUUUGCUGCGGCACUAACCGGUGCAACCGAUAGGAGCUCCUGCACUCUCAAGACCAACACCAGCAGGGUCUCCUCCUCCCUCUGCAGUGUGACUGGAAAUCCUCACUGCGGGGCCUUGCUGCCAUCUCUCUCUCACACUCACACUCACACACACUCUUUAUUCUUAUUUUAGAGAAGAACACACGUUUGCCAUGGAUGUUUUCAGCAGCUGUACUAGUGACACCACGGACAGCACUAAUAAUAAAAGGAUAUUACAGCCCCAAA